UGGGGUCGCAUUUUCACAAAAUUAAUAGGGUUACUAAGAUGGGGUCGCACUUUUCGGAUUUUUGUGAAAAGGUGAAAAGACUGUAAAAAAAAACCCUUGAAUUGUUCUUAGCCUGCGAGCAAACUGACCAAACUCUCCGGGGCAGGCUAAUUUGUUCUUUGCUCCAUGCUAAAAAGCUACGGUAAGGUCGCAGUUAUCGAGAACAUGUGUUCGAACUCUGCAUAUGAUGUGUGCGUUAUCGGAGCCGGAGUAGUUGGAAGUUCGACUGCUCAUUACCUCGCCUCCAGAGGACAAAAUACUCUUCUGUUAGAGCAAGUAAGUGUCAUCUUGCUUUCCCUCAAUUCUUUAGCUCUCAAUAGAGAUUGGUAAAAAAAUCAAUACACCUUAUUUCAAAAUGGUGACAAAUAUGACUUUUUGUCUCCUAAAUUGCAGGCUCACAAUUAUAUCUCGUUUCAAAGCCAGCUGAAGUUGUUAUGAUUCUGCUUGGCUUACGAUAUUGAACAAAACGAAGCAAUCUUUGACCACAAACAGCUAAGAUAUAGGCGGCCGUCUUGUUUCGCUAGGAGGCUCAUUUGGUAAUUGACUAAACAAUACUCUCAUUUUUUUUCAUAACAGGCCUUGUUAUGAAGUCAAACAAAGCAGAAAUUGCUGUAUCAAUGAAACUGGGAAAAUGUUGUACUAACAAUUUGGUCCAGAGCCUGAUACAAAUAAAUAUGUCCAGUCAGAAGAUGCCUUAGUUUUGCCAAAAUGUUGAAUUGUGUUGUUGGAUUCCCCAUCUUGAGAGACCUUGUAUUGAGACAAACCAGAUGACACUACAGUGGAUGACACUGCAGGGCUGUCAACCCCCCAGUCCGGUGUAUCACUUUCCAUUGGAUGAUGCCAUUGAUUUCCCUAAUACUUAUCCACCGGAUAGUGCGUUAUCAGGUGGAUGGCAUUAUCUAAACUACUGGGGUCAGAUAGUGAUUUAUCAGGUGGAAUGUGCCCUCCAAUUUUUGAACAGUUGGAGCACAUGAUAUUGCAUUUUUCAAAAGGUGGAUACAUUACUAUUCCUAUCCACUGAAUAAGUCACUUAUCCACUUGAUAAUGCCCUUCAUGAUUGGUUUCCCCAAAACUUAUUCUAUGGAUAGUGAGUUGUCCAGUGGAUAAGACUAUCCAACUUUUGAACAACUGACACUUGGAAGACAAGUGAUAACUCAUAUUGGGUGCAUCAAAAUGAUUUGGGGCUGUAAACCCCCGGUUAAGUUUUAAAUUGUGCGCUUCAUAUCUGUUGGAAAAAACAUCCAUAACAAAUUGAGGUAUCACUAUCCGCCAGGGACCCCACUCACAUAUUUUAAUGACGGGGGGUCUGAAGGAUUUUUUUGUGUCUGACAUUUUGGCCAAAAGGGAUUUUUUUGGGUCUAUGAAAGAUGCUGGGAUUUUUUGGGGUCAUGAAAACAACACAGGGAUUUUUUUGGGUAUUGUAUUUUUCAUCAGCUCAAAUCAACAAUAACAUAAGUGCAAUUUACUGCUUGUGUGGUGUUACGGGAUAUUUCUGAGAUUGUAAUCUAUGUGAAAAGUAUUUACCGGCACUCCAUGCGCAUCUAAUCCAGAGAGAAAUAUUCAAUCGGUCACGUAAUUCAAGGCCUUUCAAGCCAGUCAUCAAGACCACAUUGGAAACACUGUAUACAAAGUAAACUGAGGGAUUUUUUUGGGUACCCAAACAAAUCUCUACUUUUUUUAGCAUAGACAAAUUCUUAAGUUGGGAUUUUUUGGGGUAUAAAAUAUGAACCUCUGUCGGACCUCCCCAUCAUUAAAACAUGUGAGUGGGGCCCCUGGGCUCUAUCCCCUAAAUUACUUACGGCCCUUUAAAUUACUUUAUACCUGUUAAUAGUUAGUUAUGAAUGCUUGUUAUUUUGACAUGUUGUUUGCAUUUUUUGUAAGUUUCCUCUUCCUCAUUGGAGAGGUAGCUCUCAUGGACAGACAAGGAUUAUCCGUGGUUCUUAUGAAGAGUCCUAUUACACCAAAAUGGUUGUUGAAGCUCAGAAGAUGUGGAAAAAGAUAGAAGAAAAGGCACAGCAACAAAUAUUAGUUCCGUAAGUUUGAAUAUUUUAGUGCACUGCAUUUUACCUUUGCAAACAGCUUCCUUGUUGAGUGUAUUUAACAUACUGAGGAUCUCAGAUAGAUAGCAUUAAACUGGACUGAGGUUUAUUGGCAAGUGGUAUUCUAUUUGAAAAUAUCACAUUUUAAAUAACCUCAAUAAUGUUAGCUCUAGAAUGUUAGAAUAUUUCUUUUCAAUAGCAUUGAUGCUUCUUUUCUUUAUUUUUUCAGUUGGGGGUGGGGGGUACACAUAGACUGGGGGGGUAAGGUUUGGAUGUAGACACUUUUUUGGGGGGUACAUUUUUAAUAUGUCUGAGUUGGUUAAAACAUCACUGGCCCACCUUUAGUCAUAAAUAAUGUACAGUCCCUUAAAGAGCUCUGUAACUUAAGCAAAAAUUUUAGUUAUUUCAUUUUAUUAUUUCAGUAAUGUUGGAAUGUUAACAGUGGAGAAAGGCCCAGGGAAAGGCCUUGACCAAAUAGUAAGCUCGCUAGUUAAAGCUGGAGAGAAUUUUCAAGUCUUGUCAAACAAGAAGCUUGAGGAAAAAUUUCCUGAACUAAGCUUCUCACCAAAUUAUUCUGCAGUUCUGGAAACAUCGGCAGGAGUUUUAAAAGCUGAUAAAUGCGUAAGAGUAUUACAGGUAGGUGAAAAGGUGUUUGAAGGGAUUUGUUUAAUUUUAAGCUAUUUCGCCACUUUGAGGUUGCGUGGGAGAGCAGGUCGAGGUGGUUGUCAAAGUGCAUCAUAGGACUGUUUUGGGGGACGCAUUUUCAACACGGCGGUAAAUUCCCACAAUGCACUUUGACACCCAUCUUGACCCAGUCUCUUGCACAACCUCAAAGUGGUUUUCAAAUAAAGUGAGCAUUACAGAGUUAUUCUAUUAUUAAUUGCACAAAUGCUCAAACUCACUUUCUUGAGAUCAUACAGAUUUUGCAAUAUUAAUUAGUUUCUUGCCUAUUGAAGAUUCUAGUAAAACCUAGCAAAAGGAUAUUGAAACUUGCUUACAACUAGAUUUUUACUUCUCAAGGAAUAAGACUGUGCGACAUCCUUGUUCCCUUUGCCCUGCGCCAGGGAUGGAUCUGACUAAGGCUUUGUGGAAUGGAGUACUUCUUCUCUUUAUGCCAGAUCAUUGCUCCAGUCCAAAACUCUUUCCCAGGGUCUCUCUCUGGGGGACAAGUAGGAGAGGGCACUGUGAAUGAGGUUGGCUCCAGUCCCCUAAUGCCAAAUGGUUUGUUCCAGUUGUGACACACUUGUUGUGUUUCACCUACAGCGGUGACAGCUUACAGCUGUAAUAGAUUAUUUUCUUUGUAGCUAUAGGCUAUGUAAUGUAUGGUACUAUACAGUGUUAUUGUAUCAGUAACACCAUUUUUCAUUAUAUCAGUGGAUUUUGUAAAUUAUUUCUUAAGGAGCAAUUUCUUGAAUUUGGUGGAACACUAAAAGAUGGUGAGACUGUGGCUGAAGUUUGGCCUGGAGAAACAGUUACUAUUAAAACCAACAAUAACUUGUUUACAGCUAAAAAAGUGAUAAUUACAGCAGGUAAGCAAAGCAUCAGCUGACAUAUAAACAAGAUGUAAUUUUAGACAGUGGGCUAAAUUCUUUUAUAUGACAAUGCUAGUUUUUUUUUCUGCAAUCGGUGUCAAAAUUGUUGAAACAUUGUGCUCAAAUGGUCAGCUUCAGAGAACAAAAGAAUCCACACCCCUCCCCUGUCCCAAAGUUGGGGUGUUUUUUGUUUUCUAUAGUUAGCUCAAACAGCAACAUUGCAUGGAGGGGAUGGGGGAGGAAAAGUUAUAUUUUCCCCUUUUGAAGUCAAGAAAACGUCAUAAAGCCCCUUUAGGGCGAACUGUCUCAACUCAUUUCGUUGCUGAUCGUAGCUUUUCUCUUGUGGCCUUUUCUUUUGAUAGCAAGCUGUUGCUGCCAAAUUGUAAUUAACAUAUGUGUGUGUUUUUUUUAUUUAGAUACAUCUUUAACCUUUUUUGUUGGUGAAGUUGUGGCAGCGAGCCCAAGUUUUAAUUAGUUAUAACUAGCAUAUAAAAAAUUUGCCAGUCCAAUGAGCAGAAGUUUUCACCUUGAACAACCUCAUUCUCUUUAUUGAUAUUAUAUUUUUCUACCUGCAGGUCCAUGGACCAAUAAGCUUCUAAAACCUUUAGGAAUUACACUGUCACUCAGGGUAAUUUAUUAUGAUAAUUUCAUUAAUAAUUAAUCAAUUUAUUUAUUUGUUUAUUAGCAGUUAUAUUUAUUGUUAUUUCCAUUUACUACACUUAGCAUUUUUUAAUAUCCCUGGAAUUUAGUUUAGUGGCAAAAUGCAAGGUGCAUUUCAUUAAAAAAAAAAUCAGCCAGUUAAAAAGUGAUAUAUGAUCCUGUUGAUGUAAGAUUUCUCAAACAAGCAUCAGGUCUUCUGAAAGGGGGUGUCCAGACCCCCCAGACCCUCCCCCUGGAUCCACUCCUGUUAUCUAACACUGUGAGUUGACACAUGUAUUUUGUGCAUACUGUAUAUGUUUGUUUAGCCGGUGUGGCAGGUCCCAGUUUAUUUUUUGGUUAGGUUAUAUAUAGUGCACAAGCUGAACAUGAAAGGGCUUCCUCCUUAUUUUUCACCUGGUGCAAUUGCACAUGUCCUCAAAGUUUCUCUCUUGGCCCUGAACUUUAAAUGCACAUGCUAAUGUUUGUUUUCUAACAUAACUAACUUUUGUAUAUGCCACUUCCACAUUUCCCAUAAGGCAACUUAUUUGCCCCCCAAAAUUUAAUUGCAAAACCUAUGUUUUUCAUUUCUCCUGGGUAUCACAGCCGUCCCAAGAGAAAUUAAAAACAAUGCUACUGUAAAUGAUCAAUUAAGCGCCACAGCUCUUAUUCAUUUUCCCUGUCAUAGGUGGAACUAACGAACGAACUGAAACUAUUAUAUGAACCUGGUUUGAAGAGCUUCCAACUUUAAAACUCAUGAGUUAGUCGAGGUCUUAUUUCUCAAAAGAGAUGGUUUUGAUAUCUCUUUAUAUCAAGUGCUGUAACAAAGGUGGGGCGUUUAUUUGUAAAUACCCAAAUUAGAGCUGUGGCGCUUAUUUGAGAGCGGCGCUUACUUAUUAAAUUCUUUUCAGUAAAGGUGCGGCACUUUUUGAGAGCAGAGUUUAUUGCUGCGGAGCGACCGAAGGGAGCGAGCAGCAACAUAAUCAGGAUUUAAAGGAAAUAUAUAAGGGGCGACGAAUUCUCGAAUUCAUCACUUUUUACCACAAUGCAUUGCAUUUAACCACACUUUUUACCACAAUGCAUUGCAUUUAACCAGAGUGCAUUGUGCCACGAACAACUCAAAUAAAAACACGGGGAAGUAGUGCAUCGUUCGCUGCUUUGUUCUACAGCACGGUUAGAGGUCUUACCAAAUUUUAAGACACGCAGGAGUCUUUCAGAUGAAUACGAUGGUUAACUUGGGGAGUGGAUUUCAAUUCAAGAGCCUUUGACUCGUCCAGGUGUUAAACCUGACGAGAAGAUGAUCAUUUCAAUGAUUUGCUCUUCGACUCCGCAACACGGGGGAUAAACGAAUUCCAGCUUGCUAGAAGGUGAUGUGAAAGUGAGAAAAUGUCAUGCAAUGCUAUUCUUAAGAAACUGUAUGAGCCGAAAAUGGAUGUGAUUUUGACCAUUCGCUUCAAAAUAACAGCGGAAAUCGAGAUAACAAAACAUGUUUUGUGUCCUACUUUGCAGACCAGGACGUGUAUCGGCGUUUUGAAAAGCAUAAUUAUGUUCUUUCAUUCAUUCAUUGCCAUGGAAUAUGUGUUUACAUUGUUUUUUCACUGUUAAUAGCUCGGUUAAUGCGGCUGGCGAUCAUCUUGCCGGCGGAUGUUUUAUAGAAAAGGAAUAAAAUGAAACACUUUUCCAACGAAUCGCGUAAUCAGCCUCUGUGGUGUAGUGGUUAGGUGUAGUCGCGUCCAGUCGGUGGUGCCGGGUUCGAUUCCUACCGAAUUAUUUAUUUCUACUUUCUUUUUUUUUUCCGUUUUUUGUGUUGUUGUUUUCUAUAAAUAUAUAGCUAAACAACUGUUACUUAAUAAAGUGCAACAAACAGCAAGAAAAGUAUUGUGUUUCCAGAGAAAAUAUCGUGCACCGUAUAUUAAAUAUAUGGAUAAACAAUCUGAAUUUCUAUUAUUUCCUACAAUUUACUGUGGGAAAACCAGAGUUGAUAACCACUUGAUCAUUUUCUAAACAGCGGUCCCGCGAGUUCUUUCUAUAGACUGAUAGUAAUUAUUCUAGUACUUUCCAACAUGUAAAUAGGACAUUCAAUGUCAUUUUUGAUUCUUUUAAGUCUCACUGCCUAACGAAUGCCAGUAUCAACAGAAUGUGCCGCAGCAUUACUAUCUUUUAGAUACCCUAGUUCUAGCUAGUAGUGGUGCUUAAUCGAUCAUUUAUAGGAUGCAAAAUUUUAGGGGGCAAAUAAGGUGCACUAUGGGAAACGUGUAAGUGGCGUAUAGGCCCAGUUGCUGAUGCAGUGCAAUUCUUCUUGAGGAUAAUGAUUUUUUUUUUUCUUAUUUCUAUUUUCUAGCCACAAUUAGCUGUAGUCGUGUACUGGAAGACUAAAGAGCCUGGUAAAUACAGUCUGAAGAGUGGGUUUCCCAACUUCUAUGACUGUUCAGCUUCUGAUGGUCGCAGAUUAUACGGGAUUCCAUCUUCUGAGUAUCCUAAUAUGUUCAAGGUGAGAGUCCUUCAAUAACCAGGUUGCAAAUUUUCUCUACUGUUCGGGGGCCCUAUUAUAGUGGGAGUUUACUUUAUUUAAUUGUGUGUAAUGUAUUUAACUGCUUUCCACAUUCAGGAGUCCACAAGGUGAUAGUUAACCCAUUAAGUCCCAAUAGUGACCAACAUUAAUUUUCUCCUAACAAUAUCCAUACAUUGUCAAGAGAUUAGGUUAUGAGAAUUAAUAAAAUGAUCACCUAAGAGAAAAUGCUUGGAUCUUUUAUCAAAUUCUCUCAACUCAUUCUUUAAGGAAAUAUAUAGAGAUCAGUUUGGAGAAUUUGUAUGUAGAUAUUGGGACUUAAAGGGUUAACUGGAAAAAUAAUCAGGGCUAGUCAGUUUGCCUGUUUUCAGCUGUUUCAGUCAACACGCGACCUGCGUUGUCCAAAACAUUUCAGAAUUUUGGGUUUUUCUUCCAUGUCAAUCAAACUGUUACCAUGGCAUCCAAUUCAUACUUGUCAAAUAAAGGCAGUAAUAACGAGCAGAAGCUGCAAAAAUAAAAUUGAUGUUGGCGGGAAUGUAGUAAUUGGUUUUCACCCACUCAUAUCUAUGCAUCUUCUGGAUUUCGAAGAUCUAUAGGAACAAUUUCUCCUUGGAAAUCUAAAAUUGCCGUGUUUCAGUAAGCAAGUAAAAAAAACUAGUGAGCCAGAUAAAAAAGUGAAAACAUGCGAACUCUGAAGUUCAAAAGCAAAGAGCGUUGAAACACAAAAACACACAAAAUGGAUGGAAAUCCACUAAUCACAAACAAUGACCUUUUGAACCCGUUGUAGUAAACUUCUGUUUUCUAAGAGGUCCGUAAGAAGGCAUGGAGCCUUUCGAUUUUGGUUAGACUGGUCACAGUCCCCUAUUUUUCCGUGUGAUCGUCGAGAUCGAGCGCGUGUUACCGUUAAUGGCGGCCAUCUUGAUUUUUAGAUGUACCGAGGGGGAACCGAGGGGGCGGGCGUUGGGGAUUAGAUUUGAUACUCUUCCCCAGGUUAGACUCGGUACGACUGAAAAUCAAGAUGGCCGCCAUUAACGGUAAGACGCGCUCGAUCUCGACGAUCACACGGAAAAAUAGGGGACUGUGAACAGUCUAGAUUUUGGUUGACGUCACAGAAAAAUGAAAAUCGUGUUACACAUUGCAGGUCGUGUUAUCCGAAACAGCUGUAACAGAAUAUGUUGUAAAGGGAGGUGCGUUGAUGUUUACUGGGCAACACAUCGUCUUUUGGAUCUCUAGUUCCCGUUUCAAGCCUUGCUAUGGUGUUGUUUCCUUAGAACUUAGGUGUAUAAAUGGGUACCACGGGUGUACCACUGGGGUAAACCUUCAGUGGACUAUCAUUCCAUCCAAGGGGGAGUGGCAAUACUCCUAAUCACCUAAUAAAACAGAAACUGGUAUAAGCUCUGGCCUGAUGAGCUACUUGGCUCGUAUUCAACUUAGUCUCUCUUCACCUAGGGGUACUGGAGAAAUACAUGUACUGUUGGGGGUAAGCCUACGAUUGGUGGGAAUGUAGCGCUCAUGUACUCCUAGUCACUUAAUGCUGUGGAAACGGGAAUAAACUCUGGCCUGAAUCUAAUCGUCCACUUGGCUUGUAUGCAGGCUUUACCUGGGGGUAAGCCUGCAGUGGGAUAUCAUGACCCAUUCAGCUGGAGUAGCAAUAGUCCUAGUUGUGUAACCCUUUAGUUCAUAAUUUCUCCUUGUAGUAUCAAGGCAUGGUCACACAAGAUAAAUUUCCUUGAUAUUCAAACAAUUACUCCCCUUACCUGCUAGCAAGCUCUCCCUGUAUGGCAAGCGUAACGAGCCGCGAGACAACCCGCGAGCGAGUAGCAAAGCUGCGAUGAGCGUAGGAUAGAAUGCUCCUAGACUGCGAGCAGUCUCUCUUUUUCUUCAGGUAAUGCGCGCGCGCGCGAGCGUUGAGCAGCGAAGCCGCGAGACACGAGAAACGAGGGCGGCGCCUUCAGUCACGCGCGUGGUCAUUUGCGUGUCUCGGGCGUUUUGCUCGACGGACCAAGAAAAAAGAGAGACUGCUUGUAGUCUACAAUGCUCCAGUUUAUGCACAAUUCCCGCCCCUCGCACUCGCGUCCCCUUUUGCGUGCUGCUCUCGCGUGACUUCUCGCGAUUUCCCCAAAUGGAUAGUUUGCUCCCCAGUACUUCUAUAACAAAUGUAUUGAGCAGCAUUAAAUUUUAAAGGCUUGAUAAUAAGCCUUGAUAAUAAUCUUGAUAAUCCCAGGCCGUACAAGCUUCAUUGGCCUGAAGAGCGCCUUCAUCUUUUCCUUAAUUUAUUUGCAGUUUGGAUGCACAGGUUUAUGCACGAUUCCUGACUUGUGCAAAGAGAUUGACCCAGAUGGACGGGAUAAUGACAGAGCACUUGUUGAGAUGCACAUACAGAGAAUAAGGGGAUAUGUUCAGGAUCAUCUUCCACAUCUAGAUUAUCGACAGCCAGCAAUUGUGGAGACUUGUAUUUACACAGUAGGUGUUUUUAUUUGGCUGUCUCCGUGUCAAAGAAUAGGGCGGCUUUGAACUUAACAAACUCACCUUAUCAUCAUAUCAUCACCAUAAGUAGAUUGAACUACCAUGCAGUUGUACGUCGAUCAAAGAAGUAAUUUUGUGACGGUGUCUGGGACCGUACCAGGGGACGGUUUACGGUCAAGUCGCCCGAAAGUCAUCUCGCCCGAAAUCAGAGUUACGUAGCCCUAGAUUUUUAGUCAAGUCGCCCGAAAUGCUGAGUUUUGUUGCUCGACGCUUGUUUCGUCUCUCUCAUGGAAGAUUAAAGAACGAGAUAUAUCACUCAUUUAUCGCGCUUGUUUCAUUGUUCAUCAAGGGUUAAAGAGCGAGAUAUAUUACACAUUUAUACCGCUCGUUUCGUCUCAUCGUUGCUUAAAGAGCGAGGUAUGUUGCACAUUCAUUCUGCUUGUUUCGUCUCAUAAUGGUUUAAAGAACAAGAUUGCAGAAACUCUAUAUUCAACAAAAAUUAACUUUCUCUGUGCACUUAUCCUCAUAAAAUUCGAGCGACAUGACCCAGCAUUUCGGGCGACUUGACCGGUUACCUUGGGACAUAACCGAGUUAUUUCCAGGUAACUCCGUAAAAUUAACUGAUUUGGAAAACGCGAAUGCGGACCGUUUAUUUAAGGUCUUAACCAAUGUUUAAUCGGGUUAUGCAAAGUAGGCAAAAAACAGUAGAGUUUCUUAAACGGGAUAGAUUCUUGUAAACUAUCGUCAUCGUAAUUGUCAUCGUCAACUCAUCAUCAUCAUCAUCAUCAUCAUCAUCUUUAUCUUCCUCGUCAUCGUCGUUGUCGUCAUGAUCAUUAGAGAACUGAAGCAGCGACGACGAAAAAAUAAUUUGCAUCCUUUCAAACGUUAUUGCGUUUAUUUGUAAGCGCUCAGUUCGUCAAAUAUAGGCGAUUUUUUCUUGAAUGGAAUUAUUAAGGUCUUAACAGAAAGGAAAAUUCUUCGUCGUUUGUCCAGUUCCUGUACAAAACGUCGCGUUGUAGUCGUGUAGUGGACGUCAGGGUAACGUACUAAAAGCGCUGUUGUUUAGCUCAUAAAACCAAUUGUUUUUUACGUUGUUGUUGUCGUCAUCGCCAUCAUUUUCAUCCAUUCUCUAACAUCUCAUCUUUUCCACACGCGCUCAUCUUCUGUCGCAACACGGCAAGACUUUUCGUUCAUUUUAUUUGUUUGUACACAAAUGGACUUAAUGUCUGUUAGUUAAUUAUUAUUUAUCAGCUACUUCAUUUUACUACCUACGCACACUUGUGUAAAUAGGGAGCUUUAGCAUCGACGAAGGCAACGGCAGCGAAAACGUCAGUUUUAAAAUGAAUUCCCGUUUUUUCAAUCUUUGUCGCGUUUAUUCCAAUUUGCUGAAAAUGGCAAGUGUAGGCGAAUUUCCCUGGAGUUGAUUUCUUGAGGACCGCAAGAAAGUUUAGAGAGAGAAAAAGAGAUUCGUCGUCACUUGUUUACGUCCUCGAUAAAACUUGCAAUUAGGCAUUUUCACGUCGUUGUCGUGCAAGGACGGUAAAGAAAUGUACAAAAAAGCGUGAUGCACGUGCAAAGUUGUUGUUUUGCUAAUAUAAGCCUAUUGCGUUUAUUUUAUUUGUUUGUACACAAAUGGACUUAAUGUCUUUUAGUUAAUUAUUAUUUAUCAGCUACUUCAUUUUACUACUUACGUACACUUGUGUAAAUAGGGAGCUUUAGCAUCGACGAAGGGCCAGGCAACGGCAGCGAAAACGUCAGUUUUGAAAUGAAUUCCCGUUUUUUCAAUCUUUGUCGCGUUUAUUCCAAUUUGCUGAAAAUGGCAAAGUGUAGGCGAAUUUCCCUGGAGUUGAUUUCUUGAGGACCGCCCUCAAGUGUAGAGAGAGAAAAAGAGAUUCGUCGUCACUUGUUUACGUCCUCGAUAAAACUUGCAAAUAGGCUUUUUCACGUCGUUGUCGUGCAAGGACGGUAAAGAAAUGUACAAAAAAUCGUGAUGCACGUGCAAAGUUGUUGUUUUCCUAAUAUAAGCCUAUUGCUUUUUUGACGUCCUCGUUGCCGUCGCCGUCGUCGUUGCUAAAGCUCCCUAAUAUGUUGUAUAGUGUGUGCUCAAAACAAACAAAUGCAAUUCUGUGCAUAUUUCAUAAAGGAUGUCUCUUUCUUUUUCAAUCUAGCUCACCCCAGAUGGGAACUAUGUGUUAGAUAAACAUCCAAAGUUUUCAAAUGUUGUCGUUGGUGCUGGCUUCUCUGGUGAGUGUUUUUGAUGUAAACAUGUUCACAAUAUUAAAGAGAGUUUUCCAUGCAUUAUUUCAGUUCCUUUUUUCAAAGGUCUCAUUUGCAAGUAAAAAAGUACGUUUUCAAACAAAACGUUAACCUCUUUUGGGCUCAACAUGUGCAGCACUGUAGGUCUGUUGACUCAGAAUGACGGGAUCUUUUGAGGAAACGCCAGAUUACCUCUUGUUUAACUCAUCCCAAGGAAUAGAAGUGAAUCUGUGCGGGAACUUUGUAUACUGUCAAACCCCGCUCUACGGACACCCGCUUAAUUAUUGCUGACAGUUUGCUUUGUCCCUGGGGAAAGAAAGCCCUUACAUUUUCUCUAAAUUCAACCUGCUUAAUACGGACACCCCUUGAAUAAGGACACUUUCUGUGGCCCCUUUAUUGUCCGUAUUAUCGGGCUUUGACUGUAUUAUGUUGCACGUACAACGCUUGAUGUAACUUGCUUGGCUGCUACACAAAACUUCACUUUUACGUGAAAUACUGAAUAAGAUAAGACAAUUUGUUCCCCAAAUACUUAUCCGCUGGAUAGUGAUUUAUCCGGUGGAUAGCGCUUUCCAACUCAAGGCAUGGGGUAACAGCCAUUUGUGUGAAAUAGUCUCCACAUGCCUCGACCUCAUUUCAUUACGUUUUUUUCUUUACUGGAGUGCAAUCAUUAGGCUCGAUUCCGAGUCGAGGAAAGAGCGUGGGCUCAUUUCCCGAACAGCGGGUGGUUAUCGAGCUAAUGAAAUCAUUGGAAAGUCUAGUUGAAUUAAAAGCGUCAAAACGUAAUUUAAACUGAAGUUUCACUCCUUUGUAUUGACAGCUCAUGGAUUUAAGCUCGGACCAGUCAGUGGAAAGAUUCUUGCACAGUUGGCCAUGGGUGAAACACCAGCAUACGAUUUGUCGCCCUUCAGGAUAUCAAGAUUUAAAACGUCCAUUGGCCAGAAAGCCUCGCUAUAAAAGGAUCAACCUGCUAUGUGUACAUAAAGAUUCCUCAAAGGAAGACAAAUCGAAAUGAUUAUUUUACAAGACAGAAUUGACAUGUAUUUAAAUAAUUUCGUGCACAGAGGAUUUGGCAACGUCGUUCCCAGGUUCUCUCCCUCCUAUCCUCUCUCUCUCGCUCCGUAGGGACGGGUAGGAGAGAACCCUGGAAAACAUGUUGACGAUUACGGUCAUCGGUCAGAUGAAGGGGUCGGGACUUUGAUUCUAAUUAUUAGUAAGAGUGCAUACACGGUUUUAGAUACAAACAGUGAAACGCGAGGCACAAGAUCUGCAUCGGUAUUUCUCAAUCAAACUAUGUCUCACAGUAGAUAGAUAAUAACGUUGUCAAAAAAAAAAAAAUAGAUUAGAGGAAGACAUUCUAGAAAGUUAAUUCUUUAGUCCUUUCAACUGAACGUAGUAGAAUCUUCAAAUUAAUGCAAGUAGGCCGUUGCUAAUUUCCAAACAAACUCACUUUCAAAAUGAAGCCAAAUGUGGAACCUUUCGUGUGUAAAUAAGUUUAGGUUACAUGAGAUUACAUUAUCAAAGACUUCGCACUUAACCUCGUUUUGAAAAAGAGGCAAAGGGUAACUGAAAAAUGACCUAUCUAUGAAUUUAAACGAUGUAAAAAAUGCAUUGCGACAUUGAUGUGCAAUUUGGGUGUGUGUUGUGCCUGCUGGCAGGUACUUCCUUAUAGCUGCCGAACUAAGGCGCACGUCUUGACCGCCACGCAAGGGCCGCCAUCCUUCACUCUAUCCAGCGUUCCCGCUCGAAGUCUUUCAGGUGACCUCUUUCUAUUAGCCCCCCUCACUAACUAAUUAGACAAAAUCACCAUUCCGUAGGGUGUGUAGCCAGACUUUCUGUCUUCUGUAGAUAACAGAUCUGAUGGCACUCUUCUCACCGAGUCGACCGGCUUUAUGCCUCGCUUUAUCAAUCUAUGCAUCCUUUAACUGAUUCACGGUAUAACAGAGUUUUGAAGAAUGUGCAGAUAGUGAAAAGCGAUCUUGUCAAAGCC